UUUCUUCUUUUGUAAACAAAGCGUCUGCGAAGUGAAUGGUAUGAAGACAGGCCGCAGAGCCAGAGACAAGUCGACGAAAGCCAGAAAAUUAAAACCAAAAUAUAAAAUUAGGGUUUGGACAUCGAUGGAACAUCUCAAUUCAUACUGAGUGAUGAGUCGACUUUAAACUGAAUUGCAACGGGAUUCUCCAACGGACAAGACAUAAUUCAUAACACAGUUAACAAAAGACAACCAGACAUGACUUCCACAUCUCGCCUUCAAGCUGGAGUAAAGCAAGAGUACAUCUUUCGAGAAGUCCACCAUCCUCACCAUGUCCUCUCUGGCCUCAAUGAUAUGAGAGAGAGUGGCUCUCUCACAGACACCACCAUACAGGUAAACCAGAGUCACUUUCGCUGCCAUCGUGCCAUUCUCGCUUGCAAUAGUCCAUACUUUCAGGCUAUGUUCACCAAUGAUUUCCUGGAGAAGGUCAAAGGCAUUGUGACCCUUGACAGAAUGAAUCCACUAAUAGUUGCCCAGAUCAUUGAGUUUUCUUACACAUCGCAACUGACCAUCAACACAUCCAAUGCACAGGAGCUGCUUGAAGCAGCCAGUCACCUGCAGUACCAGAGCAUUGUCAAAGCCUGUUGUCUUUUCCUUAAGAAGCAUCUGAAUCCAUCCACAUGUCUGGGAAUCAAACACCUUGCAGAAACCUACUCCUGUGCAGACUUACUUGCAGCUGCUUCAAAGUACUGCAGAGAGAACUUCAUCGAAGUAAGUCAGCAAGAAGAUUUCCUGAGGCUAUCGGCUGAUGAGCUUGCAGAUUACAUAUCUUCAGAUGAAUUGAAGGUAGAAAAGGAAGAAGUUAUUCUCAAGAUGUGUAUAAAAUGGUGUGAGUUCAGUCACGACAGGUCUGAAGCCUUCCAUCAGGUUCUGGAGAAGGUACGUCUAGUGUACAUCAUGCCGUCCGUCCUUCUAGGAUACUUGUCCAAUCCCAUCAUAAAGGAUCACAACCAGAAUGGUAAACAGAUCCUUGCAGCUAUAUCUUUGCAACAACAGCUCCAAAACAAAACAAGCACAGAGGGUUGCAGCCCUAUCCCCCGUCCUUCUACAUAUGCUGAGGUAAUGGCAGUGGUGAGCGGAUAUGGCAAGAACUAUUCAAGCGUGAGAGAUGUGGUAUACUAUGAUCCGAGCAAUGACAAAUGGGCUUCUUUAGCCCAGCUUCCUCACAGUAUCAGCAAUUUUGCUGUUUCAGUGCUGGAAGGUCAAAUCUAUGUCACAGGAGGUAAGGUCAACAGAACAAUAACCAGCUCAACAUGGGUGCUAGACCCAGCCACGAAUGCAUGGUCCAAGGGCACAGAAUUGAAUGGAGCUCGGCAGCAGCAUGGUUCAACUGCGACAGCAUCUGGAAAGAUGUUUGUGGUUGGAGGAGAGAAUGAAAGUGGUAUGGACUGGACAGUAGAGGAAUUCACCAAGUUGCAGAAGAAGUGGACAGUGGUUACAUCGCUCCAACAAGCUGUGGUAGACCCUGCUGUCGUGUCUAUCAAAGAAAAGAUCUACGUUGUUGGUGGUAGCACCGAGAUGCACAUGGCCUAUGAGCAUAUACAGUGCUUCAACACGACCAACAACAACUGGCACAUCAUCAAGCACAUCUCAAUCCCAAGCUGCCAUUUCCCAGCAGUUGCUAAUGGCAACAAGAUAUAUCUAAUGAGCGGAUUCGGCAAACAGGGUGUUAAGGUCUAUGAUGUAGAACACAAUACAAUGCUUCCCCCUGUCCCUAUGUGUAGCUCUGAGAGGCACUUAUUUGCUGCAUCAUCUGUCCAAGGUAAGAUUGUUGUCACUGGAGGUAUGGACAACUACCAGUCUCUCUCAUCAACAGAAGUCUACUGCCCUUCUACCAAUGAAUGGAAAUUAGGAGCUCCAAUGCCAAAGGCUCUCAGAGCACAUAAUUGUGGAGUGGCCUGCAGGCUCUACUUGGGUCCGCCAUUUGAUGGUGAUUGAGCUUUUCAUUUGCUAGCGUAAGUAGAAUAACAAGCAUAGGUAGUACUGUGUGACCAGGUCCUCUUCAUCAAAUAUAUUCAAAACUAAAGAUGGCUCAAUUAUUUUCAAUAGUGCAUGAGGUGGCUUCCAUAAAAUGAUGCUGAUUUACUUUGAAAAUUUUGAGGAAAAAAAAAUAUUCAAAGAGCUAGAAAACAUAUGGUUGUGUAACUUGUGUUAAGAGUGCACUAUAUUUGAGAAUGAUUUACUUUGUAUUUAGUUCAUGUGGAGUGUCGACUUUGGUUGACAGAAGUGAGCCAGUGUUGAUGAAGUUAGUUGACUGUAGUGAGAAAGAGGAUAAUUCAUGUCCCUGAAUUCUGUUAGAAUCAGCUAGCUUAUGAAGCUUCUUGCAGUAAGAACAUGGUUAUUAUUAAAAAUGAAAGUGCAUCAACUGUAAAGACAGAAGUAAAAUAUGGUUUGAAAAAGGGUUUGUUUGGCUAGUAACUGAAGUUGAUUAAAAUGCAAAGAUGGCUGUUGUGGUAGUUAUGUACGUUACAGUUCCUAAGUUGUAAUGUUAGAAAAACACGUUUAUCUGUAAAUGGUAAUUUUUAAAACUAUCCAUGAUGUUGCUGUUUUUCUCUUAUAUUUGAUUUUAUACAGCACUGCAGUUUUGGCAGACGUAGCUAAAAUUAUGGUUAGCUGGAGUGUCAGUGACUAUUUUCUUUUUUAAUUCCUUCUAGAGAGAAAAAAAAAAUUAUAUUCCAUGUGUAUUAAAUGGGAAUAUUAAAUAACCAGUAAGGAUUUGUAAAGAAACCUAAAUUUUCUGACAUAUAUUCUUAUGUAUCUUUAUGAAAGUUUGAAGAAAGUUAGAAGUGCAAUAAAUAAUGAGUCUACUCAAUAGUACUCAUGGAUUAUGUGACUGGAUCAUUCUACAAUAAGAUCAUUUAUAGUUCAUGUAGAAUAGAAUAUAGUUUCUUUGAUAUAGGUAGUGAUCAAUGUCAUGGUGGUCAGAGCUGGAUCCCGUCUUACAAAGAGUUACGAUUGAUCUGAUCAAUCUCAAGUAUAUGGAAAUCAAUCAAUGUAAUAAUUUUUCUUUAGGAAAUUUGAACAAUGUCCUUUGUAAACAAAGAGAAGCACGCUGAAUAUUCAAGAAAAAUAUGAAUGUAUGAUGCAUCUCGAAAAUAUUUUGAACAAACAUGUUUUAGAUGUUGACGUUGCUGGUUUUCCAUAGGUGUGGUUGAUUGGAUCAACAGGUCCUGGUCGGAACCUUCCAGUGCUCAAAAUUUCUGAACCGGUUAGAAACCUUGCGACUCUUAUUUUCUGACCGUCACAAUGCUAGUCAAUGCACUAUCACAUCUGUCUGUUGGGCACUAAUUUCUCCUCUGACAGAGGAGAUGAUAAUGAAAUUAUAGUAUAUAUUUGGAUAUAUGAUAUUCUCAAUUGUGAAAUACAGAUUUUUGUGAAGAACCAACUGAUGGAAACAAAAUGUAAGCCUAAUGAUAGUUCUAUACUUUUGUAAGAUGUGAAUUCAUAUGAAGAUAUUCCAAUAGUAUACACAUUAUUGAACCCUUGCAACAGCUUUGAUAGGCUUUUUUGUUAGUAUUUACAUGUGCAGUUGUGAAUUACACAAACUCCUUGAAAAUUUAUAGCUAAGUUUGAGCUGAUAUGUUGCCUCAGAUUACCAUGAUAUGAAUAAGAAAAGACAUUGAUUUAAAAAUCUUCUUCCAGAGAGAACUAAUAUACCCUUGGCUUCUGUCUCUAAUGUUAUCAUUAUAAUACUGUAUUCAUGAAGCAUGUUGCAGUCAGGAUUCAAAAUAUCAAACAUUGAACCCUUAUUAGUCUACCCCAGCAAGUUGAUCUGAAUUAUAUAAAUUAAAAUCUCACCAAAAUCAAAUUUAGAUAAAUAUAGAAUUUGUAUGUUUUUCAUAUUUUCACCAAAUGGUUUUAUGCACAGUAAGGUUGGUAUGUGGAGGGAGUACGAUGAUGUAACGCUCUUAUCUUUCCUCACAUUAUUUUGAAAUAAUUUUCUCCUUCAUGUACGAAUAUACAUAUUUUAACUCAACCUUGAGUAUGUGAAAUCACCUUUAUUAUUAAAACUCAUGAUUAAAUCAAGUGCUUCUUUAUUAUGACAUCUAAACAAAUGAAAUUUGUGAUAUUUCGUAUAAUGAAAUAGAAAAGAAUAUUUACCGUGUGAUAUGUUAAGCUCUAAUCACCCUUGUUGUUCAUUACUGCUUUUUUUUUUAAUUGACAUGAUCUUUAAAAUAUUGUGGCUUAUUUUAAAUCCAGUUUAAGUUGAUAUUCACAAAAGAAGUUUGAUUAUGGGGUCCGGAGAGUCGUUGUGCGAUCCCCAAGCAUUAGAUCACCUUCGCAUGUUUUCCCUUACAGAAAUAAAUGAUGGGCCACAAAAUAUAGCUUUAAUAGCCCCCCCCCCCACCAAAAAAAAAAAAAAAGCAUGGGCCUUACAAUACAAUACAGUUGUGGAGUAAUAAGGCCAAGUCGUAACUGUACGCCAAGUUGGCAAAUGCAGAUAUUUUAUAACAUGUUUGGAAUUCCAUUUUGCAAAGUGUUUUGGGAAAAGUUUAUUGAUGCAGCCUACACACUGUAUAUUAUAUGUCAACUGUAAUAUUUGACAAAUGCAAUAUUUUUUUUGUAUUAAUUUCCAUGGAGGACAGCUAGACCUUAGAUAUGUACAUGAAAUUGUUACCUUGCAAAAAUUAUAUUAGUGGCUAGCAAUAUCAUCUUGUUUAAAUGUAUUUAAAAAGACAUUUAAAAUGCAUAAUUGGUACUGCUAAUUCAUAUUCAGAACAUUUUGAAACUAAGAACAAGCAUGUGGAUUAAGAACAUACUUACUGCCAAUUUUAUUGUUUCCAAACUCUUGUCAUUACAGUUACAUUCAUGCUAUAAUUUGAAUAAUCUUAUCAUUUGAAAUGCAUUGUGUAUUGAUAACAUGAUAUCUCCAAAACAUUUUGAAUUGAGCAUGAAUGGGGAUUAUAAGUUGCUAAAAUGUUAUUGUCACCUUGCAAAAGUGUAUGUUUUCAGAGUUUUUAUUUAUGUUUACUAAAUGCAUUUUACAAUGGGGCAAUUCCAUGGAAAAUGUUCACUUCAGAGAAAAAAUGAAGUUUCAGAUCUCACUUAAGCAGUCAUAUUUUCUUAAAAAGUAAUCUAUAAAGUUUCAAUUUCCAAUAGAAAAAUCGCAAUAUUGACAAAAUUUUGUAGUUUUUUCCAUCAUC